AUGUACAAGGUUCCUCUUGAGUUUGACCACACAAAAACGUUUAAGAGGCGAGCGGAAAUCAAGCCGUGGCUCUCCAAGCAACUAGCCCGCCAAAACCUAAAAGUUGUGAUCGAGAGGUCCGACAAUGUCAAGAUUGUGUUCAGAUGUCGAGACGGCUCAGCCCACUGUCCCUUCAGAAUCCGUGGGAAUCAUUCGCUACGAACACAAACCUGGUCUUUGCUGGUAGUCAAUGACUUGCAUAAUCAUCCGGUAGAACACGGCUUUUUAAUGUCUAAAAAAGAGCUCGAAGAACAGCAGUCUACAGACAUGUUCGUCACGCUCUCCAACCGACCGCAUCUGGGUUCUCAAAACAAUUCACCACAGUACUUAGACAAGAUUGUCAAGAAAAUGAGUACCGAGGUUGCAAAGCUAGUUUCAGCAAACAUAUGGCAGAAUCAUAACCUCACACACGAGCAGAAAGAAUCAGCCGUGGCUAGGUUCGUGGCUGGUAUGGUUGAUGAGUAUCUUGGUGAAGCUCCAAAGAGCAACACUGCGCCUAUGAUGCCAUUAUCUCCUCUAUUAAACGAACCAGACAUGGGAACACAGCUCCCUGCAUUGGCAGUUCCGACCCGUCUGACCGGUCCUUUACCACCAUUCAAUUCGCUACAAAACCAGCUUCCACCGCUGCCAGGUAUGCAGCUUGACGCAGCUAAGACCCUCAAUCCAACACAGCUUUUGAAAGCUGCCACUCAUGAUCUUCGUGAGUUCAAGGUAGAUAACAUUGGUGCACCCUCAGCUCUGUUAUCGCUGAUUGCUCUCGGGCAGAACGCACCAUCACCUGGUGACAAGAUAGACGGUGGCCUUUUGGCCAAUUUUAAUCUGAUCAAUUACCCUGGUUGGUAA